AACGCCCGCCGCCUCCCACCGCCUCGCGGUACUACAGCGGCAAUUGGAGAACGCGUCUGUCGGCAGAAGCUUUGCUAGGGCUACCAGCACUACAAGAUGUCUCUCAAGGAAAAGCUGAUUGCAAAUGUUCACAAAGAUGAGCACCCCCAUGCCCACAACAAGAUCACUGUGGUUGGGGUUGGUGCAGUUGGCAUGGCUUGUGCCAUCAGUAUUUUGAUGAAGGAUUUGGCUGAUGAACUUGCCCUUGUUGAUGUCGUGGAGGACAAGCUGAGGGGAGAGAUGCUGGACCUUCAGCACGGCAGCCUCUUUCUUCGAACUCCAAAGAUUGUCUCUGGCAAAGACUAUGCUGUGACUGCCCACUCCAAACUGGUCAUCAUCACUGCUGGAGCUCGCCAACAAGAAGGCGAGUCUCGCCUUAAUCUGGUCCAGCGCAAUGUGAACAUCUUCAAAUUCAUCAUUCCAAACAUUGUCAAGUACAGCCCUGACUGCAAGCUGCUUGUUGUUUCCAAUCCAGUGGAUAUUCUGACUUAUGUGGCAUGGAAGAUCAGUGGCUUUCCUAAGCACCGUGUUAUUGGAAGUGGUUGCAAUCUGGAUUCUGCCCGUUUCCGCCACCUGAUGGGUGAAAGGCUGGGUAUCCACCCUCUCAGCUGCCAUGGCUGGAUUGUUGGAGAGCACGGAGAUUCCAGUGUGCCUGUCUGGAGUGGUGUGAAUGUUGCCGGCGUCUCCCUGAAAGGUUUACAUCCUGAAUUAGGAACUGAUGGUGACAAGGAGAACUGGAAAGAGGUCCACAAGCAGGUGGUGGACAGUGCUUAUGAGGUCAUUAAGCUGAAGGGAUACACAUCUUGGGCAAUUGGUCUCUCUGUGGCUGAUCUAGCUGAAACCAUCAUGAAGAAUUUAAGGAGAGUGCAUCCAAUUUCUACAAUGGUGAAGGGCUUGCAUGGAGUGAAAGAAGAUGUCUUCCUAAGUGUUCCUUGCGUCCUGGGCUACUCAGGCAUUACAGAUGUGGUGAAAAUGACUCUGAAGAGUGAAGAGGAAGAUAAAUUGAGGAAGAGUGCAGAUACACUCUGGGGGAUCCAGAAGGAGCUUCAAUUUUAAGCCUGCUAUCCUAUCACUUCACCGCUUACUAGUGUUUAAUGGGUCUUAGCAGAUUGUUUUGUUGCACUCUUCAAAUAGGUCAACCCCUUUAUGAUGUGUAUAUCAAUGAAAAACACAUGCAGAGCUAAAAUUGCAAACCAAACACUGUUUCCUAUUCAGUAAGAAGCUUGCAAUUCCUGUCUUCCAUGGUUUUGAUCCAUGGCCAGGACUGGAUUGUAACCUAGUCUUGUUAAGUGGUGUAAAGUAGAUCCAGCAUGCUCUGAAAUAGCACUGCCAAAUGAAAUCCUCCUGCCUUUCCUCAGCUAAACAUAAUGUCGGUUGAGAAGAUAAGAACUCAACUGGCCUUACAAACCCUGUAGAAAAAAAGCCAAAGAAUUUUUCUGAAAUCAAAAAGGAUUGGCAAAUACAUUGACCAAUGUUCUCUGCUAACAGAUGACUUAAAUCUCCACUACUGAGCAGCUCUAAAUGUAUUUUUCCUGACACGGCUGCCUUUCAAGUCUUUGUGCGUACACUGUCCAAGAGAACCUUCUGUACCCUUCUGGACUAGUUGUCUUAAAUGUGAAGUUAAAAGCCUCUGUAUACAACAACUGAUGCAAUUGUCUAACUGUAGUACCAGCCCAACCAACAAAAUAAAGAAUUAACUGCUA